AUGUCGGUCACUCUAUUAAUUUCCUGAGAAAAAGCAAAGAAAUUGAACCCAGGAAAAAAAUGUACAAAUAAACUUGUAACUCUGUGAGAAGAAAUAGUCUUGUUGCUUCAAUUAACUGCGAUGGCUUCUUCUUCUUCUUCUUCUUCUUCUUCUCAAGUGAAGUAUGAUGUUUUCCUCAGUUUCAGAGGUAAGGACACUCGAGACAAUUUUACCAGCCACCUCAAUGCAGCUUUGUGUGGGAGAAAGAUUGUUACUUUCAUCGAUGAUCAACUUGAAAGAGGAGAUGAGAUAUCAGCAUCUCUUUUGAAUGCGAUUAGGGGAUCAAAGAUUUCAAUCAUCAUAUUCUCGACAGAUUAUCCUUCUUCUACAUGGUGCCUCCAAGAACUUGUAGAGAUCCUCGAUUGCAAGAGAAUGUGCGGUCAGAUUGUGAUUCCAGUGUUCUAUCAUGUAGAUCCAUCAGUUGUAAGGAAGCAAUCAGGGGCUUAUGGAGAUGCACUUGGCCAGCAUGAAGUAAAAUAUAUGAAGGAAAAAGAGAUGUUGCAGAGAUGGAGGAAUGCUUUGACCGAAGCAGCCAAUCUAUCUGGCUUUGAUUCAAAUUCCAUCAAGCCUGAAUCGAAACUUGUUGACACAAUUACUGAAUGUAUUUUGGAGAGAUUGAAUGAUAAGUCUUAUAGCAAUAAUAAGAACUUGGUUGGAGUAGCAAUGAAGAUCCAGAUAAUUAAAUCUUUAUUAUCUUAUCAGUCAAGUAAAGUAUGCAAGGUAGGACUUUGGGGUAUGGGUGGCAUAGGCAAGACGACUCUUGCUGAAGCAGUCUUCAAUGAAAUCUCAAGUCAAUUUGAAGCUUCAUAUUUUGCUCGAAAUGUUAGGGAAGCAUCAAAUAUAAAUCAUCUGCGUCGUUUGCAAAAAGAAUUUCUUUAUGCAAUAUUAGGGGAUAAAAACCUUGAUAUAAGACACACAUCCACAAAAAAAAGGCUUGGAUGUAAAAAAGUUCUUACUGUUUUUGAUGAUGUGACAGAUUCGAAACAAAUAAAAGAAUUAAUUGAAGAUCCUGAAGACUUGGGUUCUGGAAGUCAAAUCAUUAUAACCACAAGGGAUAAACAAGUGCUAAAAAUUUGUGGAUUGGAUGAUUCUACCAUAUAUGAGGUCGGAGGAUUAGGUAGUGACGAAUCUCUUAGACUUUUUAAACAACAUGCCUUCAAACAAAACCAUCCAAUUGAUGAAGUUUACUUGAAGCUUUCAGAAAAAGUUAUAAGUUAUGCAAAAGGUUUGCCUUUAGCUCUCGAAGUUUUAGGUAACCAUCUCCUUGGUAGAGAAAAACUUGUAUGGGAUAGUGCACUGGAAGAUUUCCAAAAUUCUCCGGAUGAGGGUAUCCAAAAGGUGCUUAAGAUCAGUUAUGAUGGAUUAUCUGAUAUAGAGAAGACUUUAUUUUUAGAUAUUGCAUGCUUCUUUAAAGGAUGGGAUAAAUAUCUAGUUAGUACAUUUAGUUCACAUAAUCGAGUACGUGUUCUUGUUGAUAAAGCUCUUAUAUCUAUUCCAUUUACCACAAUAGAAAUGCAUGAUUUGAUUCAAGAGAUGGGUUGGAAAAUUGUCCGACAAGAGCCAGUCACUAAUCUUGGCCAACGCAGUCGAUUGUGGCAUCAUGAAGAUGUAGAUCGUGUAUUGAAAAAAAUUCUGGGAACUGACAAAGUGAGAGGUAUGCUCUUUGAAAUGGCUGAAAUAAAAGAGAUCCACUUAAAUCCUCAUGCUUUCUCAAAGAUGGCUAAUCUAAGACUCCUUAUAGUAAAUAACUUAUAUUGGGGAUGCAAUAAUAGAGUUCAUGGUUUUGACAACAUUGAAUUUGAUUUCUCGGAGUUAGAAUGCCUCUGUUGGAAUUAUUACCCCUUCCCAUCGUUGCCUUUGAAAUUUGAUCUUGAUAACCUUGUUGUACUUAAGAUGCAAAGCAGUAAUCUUAAACAACUGUGGACGGGCAUCAAGAAUCUUCCUCGUUUAAAAUACAUUGACCUAGAUCGCUCAAGACAUCUACUUGAAGUCCCAGACCUUUCAAAGGCUUCAAAUCUAGAGCGGUUGAUUCUAAGUAGUUGCCAAAGCCUUGUCAAUCUUCCAAUUAGCAUUCAAUCAAGGUCUUUAAGAGAUGUUUUUCUCUCUGGCUGCUCUAAUCUCAACAUUGGUCCAAGGAUAUUAGGUAAUAUGGAAAGAUUGUGUUUGGAAGGAACUGGAAUAAAAACCUUAUCGUCUUCCAUAGAAAGCCCAUCCAGACUAGUUGAACUGAAUCUUAAGAACUGCUUAAGCCUUGAAAGUCUUCCAAGCAGCCUUUGUAAUUUGACAUCUCUUCGAAAGCUUGAUCUCUCUGGUUUGUUCAAUCUAAAGAUGGUUCCAGAGUUCCCACCCGAGAUCCAAGAGUUGGAUUUACAUGGAACUGCAAUAAAAGAAUUGUCUUCAUCGAUUGGGAAAGUAUCAUCUCUGAUAAGAUUAAAUCUUAAAUAUUGUUCAAGCCUUGAAAGUCUUCCAAGCAGCCUUUGCAAUUUGACAUCUCUUCAAGAGCUUUAUCUCUUUGGUUCGUCAAAUCUAAAGAUGGUUCCAGAGUUCCCACCUAAGAUCCCAGAGUUGGAUUUAGAUGAAACUGGAAUAAAAGAAUUGUCUUCAUCGAUUGGGAAAGUAUCAUCUCUGAUAAGAUUAAGUCUUAGAAAUUGUUCAAGCCUUGAAAGUCUUCCAAGCAGCCUUUGUAAAUUGACAUCUCUUCAAGAGCUUGAUCUCUCUGAUUCGUCAAAUCUAAAGAUGGUUCCAGAGUUCCCACCUAAGAUCCUAGAGUUGUAUUUAGAUGGAACUGCAGUAAAAGAAUUGUCUUCAUCGAUUGGGAAAGUAUCAUCUCUGAUAAUAUUAAGUCUUAGAAAUUGUUUAAGCCUUGAAAGUCUUCCAAGCAGCCUUUGUAAUUUGACAUCUCUUCAAGAGCUUAAUCUCUCUGGUUCGUCAAAUCUAAAGAUGGUUUCAGAGUUCCCACCUGAGAUCUUAGAGUUGUAUUUAGAUGGAACUGCAAUAAACGAAUUGUCUUCAUUGAUUGGGAAAGUAUCAUCUCUGAUAAGAUUAAGUCUUAGAAAUUGUUUAAGCCUUGAAAGUCUUACAAGCAGCCUUUGUAAAUUGACAUCUCUUCAAAAGCUUGAUCUCUCUGGUUCGUCAAAUCUAAAGAUGGUUCCAGAGUUCCCACCUGAGAUCCUAGAGUUGUAUUUAGAUGGAACUGCAGUAAAAGAAUUGUCUUCAUCGAUUGGGAAAGUAUCAUCUCUGAAAAGAUUAAGUCUUAGAAAUUGUUCAAGCCUUGAAAGUCUUCCAAGCAGCCUUUGUAAUUUGACAUCUCUUCGAAAGCUUGAUCUCUCUGGUUCUUCAAAUCUAAAGAUGGUUUCAGAGUUCCCACCUGAGAUCCUAGAGUUGUAUUUAGAUGGAACUGCAGUAAAAGAAUUGUCUUCAUCGAUUGGGAAAGUAUCAUCUCUGAUAAUAUUAAGUCUUAGAAAUUGUUUAAGCCUUAAAAGUCUUCCAAGUAGCCUUUGUAAAUUGACAUCUCUUCGAGAGCUUGAUCUCUCUGGUUCGUCAAAUCUAAAGAUGGUUCCAGAGUUCCCACCUGAGAUCCCAGAGUUAUGUUUAGAUGGAACUGCAGUAAAAGAAUUGUCUUCAUCGAUUGGGAAAGUAUCAUCUUUGAUAAGAUUAAGUCUUAGAAAUUGUUCAAGCCUUGAAAGUCUUCCAAGCAGCCUUUGUAAAUUGACAUCUCUUCAAGAGCUUGAUCUCUCUGGUUCGUCAAAUCUAAAGAUGGUUCCAGAGUUUCCACCUGAGAUCGUAGAGUUGUAUUUAGAUGGAACUGCAGUAAAAGAAUUGUCUUCAUCGAUUGGGAAAGUAUCAUCUCUGAUAAGAUUAAGUCUUAGAAAUUGUUCAAGCCUUGAAAGUCUUCCAAGCAGCCUUUGUAAUUUGACAUCUCUUCGACAGCUUGAUCUCUCUGGUUUGUCAAAUCUAAAGAUGGUUCCAGAGUUCCCACCUAAGAUCCUAGAGUUGUGCUUAGAUGGAACUGCAAUAAAAGAAUUGUCUUCAUCGAUUGAGAAAGUAUCAUCUCUGCUAAGAUUAAGUCUUAGAAAUUGUUUAAGCCUUGAAAGUCUUCCAAGCAGCCUUUGCAAUUUGAGAUCUCUUCGAAAGCUUGAUCUCUCUGGUUCGUCAAAUCUAAAGAUGAUUCCAGAGUUCCCACCUAAGAUUGUAGAGUUGUGUUUAGAUGGAACUGCAGUAAAAGAAUUGUCUUCAUCGAUUGGGAAAGUAUUCAAGCCUUGAAAGUCUUCCAAGCAGCCUUUGUAAUUUGCCAUCUCUUCGACAGCUUGAUCUCUCUGGUUUGUCAAAUCUAAAGAUGGUUCCAGAGUUCCCACCCGAGAUCCUAGAGUUGUAUUUAGAUGGAACUGCCGUAAAAGAAUUGUCUUCAUCGAUGGGAAAGUAUCAUCUCUGAUAAGAUUAAG